CGCUGACGUCACCAAAUCUUUGACAGCACUUCCUGGAGUGGUGUUUGUUGUGGGAAAUAAACGCCGUGGUGCUGAACUGGGGGGGAUUCAGGCUACAUUAAACGGCAGAAGGACGGCACAAACUACUACACUAUCCCACCUCCAAGCAUGCGGUUGCGGCAGCUUUCGACCGGUAUCAGAUAAGGAAGAAGUGACGGUUUAGACUGAGGAAGGACGAGGUGGACAUAUUCUCGGACAGCCAAGCAUAGUCAUAGCAGAGCCGCCGACAGCACGGAGUUGUCGCGAUGUGGUAGCUAAAUCAUGGACUGCAGAAUAAAGGAGAAUCCAGAAAGAACUUUUGAUCUGGUUGUACAGGUGGCAUGUCCAACAUCUGAAAAUGAGGAUCCAACCGUGCUGUGGAGCUUCCCCCAGGACCACACCGACCAGGAGGUCCUUCAGACGAUACCAAAGUUCUGCUUUCCCUUUGACGUGGCAAGGGUUUCCCAGAAUCAGGUGGGGCAGAAUUUCACCUUUGUGCUGACGGACAUCGACGGCAAACAGAGGUUUGGUUUCUGUCGACUCACUCAAGGCUGCCGGGUCUGCAUAUGUCUGCUCAGCUAUCUACCAUGGUUUGAAAUCUACUACAAGUUGCUGAAUACGCUGGCAGACUACCUAACAAAACAACAGGAAAAUGACUUGAAUGACAUGCUGAAUUCUCUCUAUGAUAUGCCAGUGCCAAAGCCCUUCACGCCAGUCAACCUGAGUGUGAAUGAGCAGUUGUAUAUUGCCACUGGGCAAGUACUGAGAGAUUGGCGGAGCAAGGAGCCGCACUCCUACUUCAUCGCCCCGGAUAUCAAUGGACUGCCAACUAUCCCUGAGAGCAGGAACCUGACAGAGUACUUUGUGGCUGUGGACGUCAACAACAUGCUCCAGCUCUACGCCAGUAUGCUGCAUGAACGGCGCAUCAUCAUUACCUCAAGCAAGCUUAGCACUUUAACUGCAUGUGUCCAUGGUGCAGCUGCUCUGCUCUUUCCUAUGUACUGGCAGCACAUCUUCAUCCCUGUUCUGCCCUCGCAUCUUCUGGACUACUGUUGUGCCCCCAUGCCAUACUUUGUGGGAGUUCAUCUUAGUCUGCUGGAGAGAGUACGCAGUCGAUCACUGGAGGAUGUGGUCAUUCUGAAUGUGGACACCAACACCCUGGAGAGUCCCUUUGAUGACCUGCACAACCUGCCCAGUGACGUGGUGUCCUCUCUGAAAAGCAAGCUGAAGAAGCAGUCAACAGCAACAGGAUGUGGUGUGGCGAGGGCCUUCCUGAGAGUGCAGGCCGCUCUGUUUGGAUCCUAUCGAGAUGCCCUCAGAUAUAAACCUGGGGAGCCAAUCACUUUCUGCGAGGAGAGCUUUGUGAACCAUCGAUCGAGCACCAUGAGGAACUUCCUGUCCAUGGCCGUCAACCUGCAGCUCUUCAAACAGUUCAUCGACGGACGGCUGGCCAAAUUGAACGCAGGCCGCGGCUUCUCCGACGUGUUUGAAGAAGAGAUCACGGAGGGGGGCUUCUGUGGAAGUAAUUCAAGGUCUUACCAGCAAUGGAUGCAUACUGUGAAGAGAGGAGGAGCACUCAUCAACACAGCUGUGACUAAAGCCAAGAGUCAUGCCAAAAGGGGCAUCCGGGACAUUAAGGGCAGACUUAAAGCAAGGGAAGAAGAAGAAGAGGGGAUGAUGGUCUGUGCCGGGUCUCCCACCAGCACCAAGAGCCUGUCUCCACGGAGACUGCAGAAAUUGAGACGGCAAAACUACAACAAGUGUCCCAUGAGCAUGAGCCCUCGAGAUCUUGGCUACAGACUAGAUGAUGAUGAGCUGGACAGUGCAAGCAAGAUCUCCUCAGAGGACAGCGGGGAUGUCCCGUCGUACAUCGAGGACAGCGACGACUCCUACUCACUAGACCUCGACAUGGACUCCUCCCGCUCAGGCCAGAUGAACUUGCUGGAGGAAAUCCUGGACUCUCUGAACACCACAACAGUGGAGCAAGGCAAACUCAGCGCUGCCAAGAGCCUGGACUUCUUCAGGUCCAUGGAUGAUUUAGACUACAAGGCCCCGUGCAAGCCCUCACCUCCUAACCAAUCUCCAGCUGCAGAUGAGAGUGGCUGUGGUGGAGGCGGGGAUCAGGGCGGCUGGAAUAUGGGCCAGGAUGACAGCGCGGUCCAUGGAAAACACCUUCCCCCGUCCCCACGCAGACAGCCCAACAAGAGCAGCCUGAAGGUGUCAAAGAAACCUGCGACAGCUCCCACAGUGCCCAUCAUCACAGCUACUCCCCCAGCCCAGGAGGCUGAUAUCUCCUGGUCACAACAUCUUCAUCAGCUCAACUCCGACCCUCACCCUCUAUGUCCAGGGCGACAACCAGGAGACCGCUUCUCCUACUCGCCCUCAAUGUCCCAUAGAGUUACACCUAGGCCGCCAUCUCCCACUCUCUCUCACACCUACAGUUCUCCAGCAUCUGUUUCUCACCUAAACCAUUCUCCUCUACCAGCGGGCCGGUCUCGGACCAUCUCAGACCCCCAGGGCAACACAGAGCCAUCUCAGGGCCAGAACCAGACUGCCUCCACCAGCAUCCUGAGGAGGAAGGUACUGUCCAAGGAGACAGUGCGGCACUACCAGGAAAAGGCCCUCCACAGGCAGGGCAGCAAGGGCCGCCAAGAGGGUCAGGGGAGCCCGCCGAGGCACAGCCAGUCCGCUAUGCAGAUCCCGUGGGAGAAAGAGGUGUCCAAGGAGGGGCUCCUGGGACUCGGCCUGUGCCUGGGUCAGGGCAAAGGCUCCGGGGCAGCUGGGGUGCAGGAUCAAGGCCUCCUCGAGGAGAUUGAGUCCAUGUGUUGCCUCGGCUCAGUCUUACACACCAGCUUGCAGCUCUCACAGGUUCACUGCAACAACAGUCACCACCCGGUCCAGAGCAAAGCCACAGACGAGUCGUAGGGACGUCAAAGCCUCAGUGUCUGUAAAAUGCCAUAGGUUCUACUGAAAUCUAUUUACUGUAAUUAUUCUAUUACAAUUAGCCACAGUCUCAGAGAACAUGAUCUUUUUUUAUCUCAACACUCAGCUAUCAGGAAACAUGAAUAAAUUUGAUGUCAGACAAACACAGCCUCGAGAGCAGGAAACAGAAAGAGAUGAAUUUGUGCACUGCACAACUCUCCAUCUUUAAAUACAUUUCUGUGUAAAAUAGAGCCCUAAAAACCUUUUUUUUUAUCUUCAAACAAGUAAAGAAAUCUGCCAGUGUUGUUAGAAUAUAUUAACCUGUUUCCAUAAUAAAUGUGUUUCUUAAAAUUACCAUCUGUAUCUUGACACAUAUAGCAAUUUAAAAAACAAGGUUUUAAAAAGCAACAGUUAAAAUACAUUGCAAUAGAAACAUGUUACAUUAUCUCACUACAGUGGCAGAUUUUGUUCACUUCCGAUGCAAGAUAAGUACUUUUGCUCUGAGUGUAUUGGAUACUCUGAUGAAGUGACAUGGUAGUUUAUAAAGUUUUAAUUUCUUAAACCAAGUGAACUGGGAGAGUGGCACUUCAAAAACACAAACUGUGUGUUUUUUUGGAGAUGCUUCACUUGUUUUAGGAAAAUACGAUUUUAUAAACUCAAUUACACAUUUACAAAAAUAUCAAAGACUUAAUAAGGAGAUUGUUGCAGUGUUACUGCUGCUCGUUGUAGUAUUUCUGUCUGUCUCAAUGUAUGGAUAACAUGUAUUUACAUGUGUUGUAUUUUUCAUCUUGUAACAUAUUCACAAUGUAAUACCUGGAAAAAAAGACCCAUGAAUUACAUUUUGGGUAAGUAGCCAACUGUUAAUGGAGGAAUUUUCCAUCUUCACUUAGGAAAAGGAAUUAAAAAAAAAAAAAGGCUCAGUACUUUGUUAGGAUGAAGAAGGGAACAUAUCUUCUCCACACAUCAUUACGUCUUUUACUUGCAGUGUUCCAAACAUUUUACGUCACCAAGUUAAAUUUGCACAUGUUGUACUCAGUCUUGACCAUAUGGUACUAAAAUCAUUUGAGCAAAAAACGACAAAGUAAGACAAGAUUUUCCAGACGCAAAGUCCACACAGGCACACUUAUUAUACACUGUGUAAUAUUAAUGUUUUUAACACCAUGCCUUAAUGGACUUGUGAUUUGUUUUUGAUGUCUAAAUCUAUAGAUACCAUACAGGUACUUUCAGAUCUUAAAUGUAACAUUUAGUAGUGCUUUACUUUUUUUGUGUUCUACAGCACAGAGGAGAUAGGUCCGGCAAUGCGAGACUAGUAGUACUUAAACACUGUAAGCACUGUAUUUCUCUGGAUUAAUAUGGUGUGCUUAAGCUGCUGUUUUUGAAUAACAUUCCAGACAAUAAGAUGUGCAUGGAGAAACCUCUCUCUGUCUCUCUCCUCUUCCUCUGAAGAGACGCAAAUACAGUCAAAAGUUAAAGUGGACGAAUUGAAAAUGCCCCUGUCGAUGCUCCCUGUCCUGUUUCUUUCUCCACCAUCAUCACUUAUCCCCGCAUGUUGUCUCGCCUCAUUUUCAGCCUUGUAGUCCUUUCAGCACAUCGGACUUUCACUCUCGACCUUAAAAAUGGCGGACAGUUGUUUCAUAGCUAAUGUGGUUUGAAGUUGUUGGAAAAGGUGAACUUUUAAGGAUAAGGCUGGUGAAAUUUUAUGUUUUCCUAUUGUGAACAAAUCUCAUGAAACAAUGCAUUGUGUACCCUUCCCCAAACCUAUUCGUUCCUACAAAAAACAUGGUCACAAAUAUGUAGCUUCAGUUUAGCUGGGAACUGUAGUUUUUGAGUGAAUAGUGCAUUUGUUAGGGACAGAUUUCCUGUUUGUUGGAUAAAUUAAUUUUCUUUCUUUCGUAUUAUUUGUUCAUAUUAUGAAAAAUAUAUAAUAUCACCAGACUUAUCACAUAACUUUGUCUCCCUUUCUUUGGUCACAGGAGGUAAAUGCAAUAUCUGUCCUUCUAGGUUAGAGUCAUACACUGUAAUGGAAUGCAGUGGUUGAUGAUUGUACUGUUAUGAAGCAAUAUGGUUCUCCUCAGAGAGUAGCUACAUGGAUGUAAUGUGUACAGAGCCUAAAUUAUUUCUAUAACAGACUCUCCUGUGGAGAGAAAACGCAGUGUCCAGAGAUUGUGGGUUCCCAUCAUUCUCUGCGUCGCCACAAACCCGGAGAAAAGAAGAAAGCUUUUUCAUGUGCUUGUGUUGGCAUUAUUACAUUUAUGGUUCGUUGUUCUUAUGAUUUAUGCCAGACGCCAGUCGGUGUGGCAGUUUAAUAGCAGCUAUUUCUCCGCUUUUUGAGUGCUGCUCUGCGUUAACGAUUUGCUCAUAAAGUCUUUGGCGUGCUUCUAAAAGCCCAGGAAUCAGUCCUAGUAAUUCCAAAAAGGAGGAAAACCAGACUAGAACAAUCUCUGCACUGGCCUUAUUCAUUAUAAACACUUACAAAGCUUAUUUACUAUGCAAAUAUUUAUUCAAAAAAAGGUCAGUUCUUUAACAGUAAUUACAUCAUAAUGCAUGAUUCUACUUGAAAAAUAACAAUCAAUCUAGUUUCUAGUAGGAGUAAGCCUCAUGUGUCCCUAAAUGAAUAAAUAUGAAAGUCUAUUUAACUGUGUGUGAGCUGAGGUGUAUCUAUGACAGAAUUGUGUGUAUGGUGUGCCUUAUACAGUAAGAGUACCACCCAGUAUAAUCAGAACAAGGUACAGUAUUAUAGAAAGGAGGUGUAUGCAAUGUUUUCAGGCCACCUUAAAUCACAGACAUUGAGCAUUAUGGAAUUUAUAUGAUAAACAGACCUAAAAUGAACUUGGGUACUAGCAUUGUUUUUUUAUAGCUAUUUUGUUUUUCGGUUGCGGCUGCAGCCCAGCUGGAGUUACUCAGUGUUUUUCUUUGCUGUUGUUGGUCGGUGGGAAUCUUCCUGCCCGUAUUUAAUAGAAGAUUUUUGAAUUUCUCUGGGUUAUUUGACUUCUUGUAAAUUAGGUUCUUUCUUUGAUUGUACUAUGAGGUGAUUCCUUGUAUAGUUUGUUCUUUUUAUUUCUUUUUUAGUUUUCUCUCUUUUUUUACACAUUCUGAGUUAAUUGCAUUUAAAGAUGUUUCUCAGAGGAGUUUCUCUAGUUCAUUUAAUAUUGAUGAAAAAUUAUUUUCAACUAAAUAGACGUGUAUUUUUGCUGGCUUCAGUUUAUUUUACAUGGAUAAUAUAUGAUUGGUGUUGUAUGUUGUUUAAAAAAAAAAAAAAAAAAAAAAAAGAAGAAAAAAAAGAUGCCCUAUAUUUGAAUGUUUUAGAUUUUAUUUUUGGAAGAAAAUAUUAGAGAAUAUUAACAAAUGUCCCAUGUAGCCAUUUAUGUUCAGAAGCAUUUGACACCUUCUAAUCAAAAUAAGCAGAGACUGACACUUGCUCGUACACGAUACAAUGCUUAUUGUUGUAUCUGCAUGUAUGUGUUGUAUGCUAUGAUUUUUUUUGUUUUGUGGUCUAUUUUGUUGGUAUUAAUUAUUAUUUCAGUAUUUAGCGCUUCCAUCAAAUCAAGAAUGAUGGAAAAAACAUUGAGUCUCGCACAAUACACUCAUUCUGCCUUGCAUUGGGUAUUGUGGAGUUAAAUGUCAUCUGCCUUGCAUUUUAUGUAAAAGAAAACAGUUCUACUUUGGUUACUGGCUACUGUAAGUCUGACAAGUUUGUGGGAAGAAAUAUUUAAUAGUAACAAAGAAAUGUUUGCAGACCUGUGAUUGCUAAGGAUCACUGAAACUGCAAAUAAUAAAGUGUAAAGUAAUCAAUAAAUAUAAAAUAUAAUUGUCCUGAAAUUACAAAUUUGGAGUGAGUGGGGGGUGACAGAUUAUGUAGCAGCGUUUAGUGAGGUACUCUGGAGUGAGAACACUCAACUUAUAAAGAUAUUAACAUCACUUCCACUUAACCACACAUUAUAAGAAACAACAACAUAUUUUCAGUGUAGUGACAACUUGAGUUACAGUAAGCAACUUUCAGUCUUUUUUGGGUAUUGUAAUGAUGAUUAACUCUUCGGUCUGCCAUUAACUGAUUUUCUGAUUCUGUGCACACUUGCAUGUUCUCAUUGCAGAGAAAACUGUCUUAAACAACGGAGGUCAACCUAAUGUGCUAUUGAUGAGUAACUUGGUACAACUGCACACAAUGUAUGCACUGUGAACUGAAAAUAAAUUAUAAUGUUUCAUGCUUC